AUGGAGUCCGAAUAUGAGGAAGCUCGAGGUCCCCCAAAGGUCAAAAAUAAGGCCGCCAGCGCCAUCCAAAUCUCAGCAGAACAACUUCUUCGAGAAGCGGUUGACCGUCAAGAACCAGGACUUCAAGCACCAACUCAGCGGUUUGCUGAUCUCGAAGAGCUUCAUGAAUUCCAAGGGAGGAAAAGAAAAGAGUUCGAGGAUUAUGUGCGGAGGAAUAGGAUUAAUAUGAAUAAUUGGAUGAGGUAUGCACAGUGGGAAUUGGAACAAAAAGAAUUCAAACGAGCACGAUCCGUUUUUGAACGAGCAUUAGAUGUCGACUCUACAUCUGUCACAUUAUGGAUUCGAUAUAUCGAGGCGGAGAUGAAAUCACGAAAUAUAAAUCAUGCCAGAAAUUUGUUGGAUCGCGCCGUGACUAUUCUGCCCAGAAUUGAUAAAUUGUGGUACAAAUAUUGUUACAUGGAAGAAAUGCUUGGUAACAUUCCCGGUACACGACAAGUCUUCGAAAGAUGGAUGUCUUGGGAACCGGAUGAGGCAGCUUGGAGCAGUUACAUCAAAUUGGAGAAAAGAUAUGGCGAGUUUCAAAGAGCUAGGGAAAUCUUCCAAAGAUUUACUAUGGUACAUCCCGAACCAAGAAAUUGGAUCAAAUGGGCCAGAUUCGAAGAAGAGUAUGGAACUAGUGAUUUGGUUCGAGAGGUAUUUGGCACAGCUGUUGAGGCACUGGGCGAAGACUUCAUGGAUGAGAGACUCUUCAUUGCAUAUGCGAGAUUCGAGGCAAAGCUAAAGGAGUACGAACGCGCAAGAGCCAUUUACAAAUAUGCCCUCGACCGUAUGGCACGAUCAAAGUCUAUUUCCCUCCAUAAAGCUUAUACGACUUUCGAAAAGCAAUUCGGUGAUCGUGAAGGUGUGGAAGAUGUAAUUAUUUCGAAGCGUCGAGUUCAAUAUGAGGAGCAGGUAAAGGAGAAUCCCAAAAAUUACGAUGCGUGGUUCGACUAUGCCAGAUUAGAGGAAACUUCGGGGGAUGUCGAUCGAGUUCGAGAUGUUUAUGAAAGAGCCAUUGCUCAAAUUCCACCAACCCAGGAGAAGAGGCAUUGGAGGCGUUAUAUUUAUUUGUGGAUCUUUUAUGCUAUUUGGGAGGAAAUGGAGUCAAAAGAUGUUGAGCGAGCGAGACAGAUCUACCAGGAGUGUCUGAAGUUGAUACCUCACAAGAAAUUUACAUUUGCCAAGAUUUGGCUCAUGAAGGCUCAAUUCGAGAUUCGACAACAGCAAUUACAAGCCGCCAGAAAGACUUUAGGUCAAGCCAUCGGAAUGUGUCCCAAAGAUAAGCUUUUCAAAGGUUAUGUUGAGCUAGAGAUCAAACUUUUCGAAUUCGUGAGAUGUCGUACCCUUUACGAGAAACAUAUCGAAUGGAAUCCAGCUAAUUGUCAAGCUUGGAUUAAAUUUGCCGAACUGGAAAGAGGUUUAGAUGAUCUUGAACGUACUCGUGCGAUAUUUGAGUUGGCAAUUAGUCAACAAGUUCUUGAUAUGCCGGAACUAUUAUGGAAAGCCUACAUUGACUUUGAGGAGGAAGAAGGAGAGUACGAUCGCACUAGACACCUAUACGAGCGAUUGUUGGAGAAGACAGAUCAUGUGAAGGUCUGGAUCAGUUAUGCACAUUUCGAAAUCAACGUUCCAGAUGAUGAUGAUGAGGAAGAGAUAGAGGAGGAUGAGGAGAAACCAGUCAGUGAGGCUGCAAAAACACGUGCAAGGAAGAUCUUCGAACGUGCCCUUAAGAGCAUGAAAGACAAGGAUCUUAAGGAAGAACGUGUUUCUCUCCUCAAUGCUCAUCUUUCCUUUGAACGUACACAUGGUACAGAGGAAGAUAUCGAGAAAGUACAGAAACAAAUGCCAAGAAAGACGAAGAGAAGAAGAAAGCUUGAUGAUGAUAGUUAUGAGGAAUAUGUUGAUUACGUUUUCCCUGCCGAUGAUGAGCAAACGAAGAAAUUAUCGAAUUUCUUGGCAAUGGCCCAAAGUUGGAAACAAGCUGGUGGAACGAUUAGCGGUGGCGGAGAUUAG